CUUUUCUCUCUUCACUCUUUCCUAUCCAUCUCUCCUUUUUCUUACUUCAAAAGUAUCAUACAUAUCAUAUCACCUUUCUAUUCUUAUCAUUACCUACUCAAUUAUAAAGUGAAUUGUAUUUCAUCGAACCACUUCCUCAUCCAUCCAUCUCAGAUAAGAUCUCCCUCUUUAUCGCAAACCAACAAUCGCGACAAUCAACCUCGUCAAUAAUAACAACAACAACAACAACAACAACAACAACAACCUUCAAUUUUCAAUAUCUUCAAACACAAUACACAAUUAUGCCUGUUACCUUAAGAAAACGUCCCGCUCCAGCUGAGCCACCAGCUCCAGCUCCUGCUGCGAAAAAGAAGUCAGCUGUCGCAAAAUCCGUCGCAAAAGUUAAAGAAACCGUCAAGAAAGCUGCUGAACCAAAGGCUACCAAAGCUACCAAAGCUGCUCCUGUAUCAAAGACAAAUGGAUCUAAAGCAAAGACUGAAACUAAAGUCGAAGCUCCAGCUCCCUUGCCUCAAGUUAAAGCUUCUAAAGCUUCAGCUGCCACUCCAGCUCCAGCUCCAGCUCCAGCUGCAUCAACAAAAGCUGUAGUUGGUGAAACCAUCGAUCUUAAAGGAUUCGGUGGAGAGAUUGAAACGAAUGAAGGUGAAAAGACUACACUUGAGAAACUUGUUUCCGAGAGUAAGAAUGGUGUUGUUAUUUUUACUUAUCCUAAAGCUUCUACUCCAGGAUGCACAACCCAAGUCUGCGCUUUCCGCGACUCUCAUCCUACCCUCCUCUUAACCGGCUACACCGUCUAUGGUCUUUCAAAAGAUUCUCCCAAGUCCAACACCACCUUUAAAACCAAUCAAAAACUUCCUUAUACACUUCUUUGCGACACAAAGUCUUCACUCAUCUCUGCAAUUGGCUUGAAAAAUGCAAAGGGUACCACUAGAGGUGUGUUUGUCAUUGACAAAUCUGGAAAGGUGUUGGCUGCACAGGCUGGAAGUCCUAAGGGUACACUUGAGGUUGUAGAAGGAUUGAUUGGUGUUGAGAAAGAAGAAGUUGAGAAGGAAGAAGCUGCAAUCGAAGGAGAAAAAGAAACUGAAAAGGAAAAUGAGAAUGAAACUGCAGAAGAUGCAAAAGAGGAAGUUUCGCCAACCUCAGAGGAAAAACAACCCGAGGAACCAAUAAUCCCAGAAACAAAUGGUACCAACGGGAUCAACUCAUCUGCAUCAAAGGAAGAUGUAGCCAAAGCAGAAGUUGCAGCCGAUGUAGCCGAUACAGCUGAAAAACUUGACGGCAAAGAUUCCGAAGUUAAAGCUGCUGAGACUUCAACAGCUUGAGUAGAGAGGUCUUUAUUUGAGUUUGAUUUUCAGGAUGAAUGCGUGGUUGAUGAAUUCAUUCAUCUGCAUUGCUACUACUUGCAUUAACUCCUGUUCAUUCACUGCAUGCCUGCAUGUAUGCAUACAUUUUCUUCUCAUUUGAUCUUCGGAUUCUGAUUUUGAUUUUUGAUGGGCAUCAAAGGAAAGCGAGGUAUGGCAAUGAAUGGAUGGAUUGCCAAAAAGCAUGGAAUCGUUUUGAUUUGAUUCAGUUGAUCUAUCUUAUUUGCUUGUUGAAUUGGAUUUUAAGGAUACUUAUUCCAAUACAUAUUCAUAGCUCCUUCCACUUUCAAUUCCUACAUACUCUUUUCAAAAACUUAGCCAACGGAAGGAAAGAAGUAGGAAAGGGAAAGAUACUCAUGUUCCUCUUUUGAUUCUAUUCAAUUCGAUUCAAAUUUUCUUAUGGUAUGUAUGGGCAGGUGCUAUGGAGUGAGUUUGGGGUUUUCCUCUCUUUCAUUUUUGUUAUGGGGAAUGCGGGAUAGGGUGCAAAUAAGACAGACAUUAAAUACAAUACAAUAUGAUAUGAUAUGGAGGAUACUGGAUAUGAAAGAUGGGUAUGGUUUUAUAAAAUCGGAUUGCAUAGGAUAGUAUGGCUUCGGAUAUGAUAUGAUAUCUGAAUUCUAGGUUCUAUUCUAUUCUAUUUUAUUCAAUUUACUUUUAUGGAUAGGGUUUAUGUGUGUGUGUGUGUGUGUAUCUGAUGG